AUGAUUUACACAGACCUCAGGCUGAAGAUGCUAAUGUGGAUGACUGUGAUGCUUCUUAAUCUAAUUGACUCUGUACAGACGUAUGAUGUCAAUCAGACGAACCCACUGAUCACGGCUGAUGUUGGUGAUAACGUGAUUCUGCACUGCUUUAGACUGAAAGAAGAAACUGGUGGAGCCAUCGUUUGGUACAAACAAAUAUUAGGACACGAGCCUCGUGUAAUGGUCACAAUUCAACAGGAAUCUAUUUACGAAGAUGAGUUCAAAUCACCAAGAUUCAGCAUCGAGAAAGAAAAAGGGAGCUGGCAUUUAAAAAUUGAUCAUGUGGAGCCAUCGGAUGAAGCCAUGUAUUACUGUGGAUUUAGAAAUUUUUUAACAACUUUUGGAAAAGGAAGCUUUUUAUAUGUAAAGGGUAAACCAGAUGUAGAAGUCUCAGUGUUCCAGAGCGGCGGGUUGGACUCGGUUCCUGCAGGAGCGUCAGUGACUCUGCAGUGCUCGGUUCUCUCUGAGAGCAGAGCAGCAGAACUCCAAGUGCUCUGGUUCAGAGCUGCUCCACCACAAUCCCAUCCUCAAAUCAUUUACACUCAUCACAACAGCAGCCAUCAGUGUGAGAGCGGCUCUUUUACACACACCUGUGUGUACAACUUCUCCAAGAACAUCCUCAGCCUCAGUGAUACUGGGACUUACUACUGCGCUGUGGUUCUGUGUGGCAAGAUAAUUUUUGGAAACGGGACACAAGUACUGUUGAAGAACAAUCCAGAUCCUAAAGGGAUCUACCUUGCAGUAGUGGUGGCAGUGUGUCUGAUUGUGAUCUUCGCGCAAGCUGUUUUUAUCUGUAAAAUGAGAAACUGUGAACAAUCCAGGGUGAGAUCUCAACAAGAUUCUGUAUUGAAGAAAACAUCCAAUCAAGAUUGUGGUGCGGUGGAGCUGAAUUACGCUGCUUUACAUUUCAACAAAAAGAAUGCUAAAAGAGCGACCAGAAAGAGAGAAGAUUGUGUUUAUUCUGAAGUGACAUCUCGUACCUAG